AACCGAUUGAGCGAGAGUCUACUGUAGAACAAUUUUUAUUUGGUCUUUUUUCAAUAUUAUCGUAUUAUAGUAAUUUCCCCAACAAAUUCCAUUUAUUUCACAAUAAAUUACAUUGAUAUGUUCUCUAAAGUUAUUUAUCUUAAUUUAGGGAAAGUGAAUUUCAUAUGAAUACCGUUACAUUUUUGAAAAUAUUGUUCAAAUUUGAGGAGUGAGAAAUGUCAUCUAUACCCCCCAAAUGUUCAAAUUUGAGGAACUCUACUGUACACUAAAGCCCUCUAAAGUUAUAAAUGUGUCACUUAAACCUAAACUUUUGAUCUUGGAUUAAAAACUCCACAAAUAGUGUUGCCGCAUCCCGACGGAGCUUUCCCUCCGAAAACACCUUUCUAAAGGAAAACACUUAAAAUACCUUUUUUCGCCACUUUUCCCGGUAAUGGUGUCUACACACUAGUAAAAAUUUUCGUCAAAAAUGGCCUUUUUUAAAAAAUUCUGACGUUUUUGCUUACAAGGAUAGGGUAAAUUUUCUUUCCGAGCUAGAAUGGGUCAAAAAUUCAAUUUUCAAAUGGCUAUAUCUCCAGUUCUGAUUGUCUGAACUUGAAAAAUUUUGGUGUUUUGGAAAACUCUCGUGAAGUACUACAAGCCCUAUGACAUACUAAUUUCAUUCGAUUUAAUCGAAGGUCCGAUUAAUCGAAAAAACGAUUUUCGAUUAUUCGAUCUCGAAUAUUUCGAAAACUAGAUUUCCUCCCUCAAUGUUCCCUGACCAGAGCUAUAACCAAAAAUGUCUUGACCGGACUGCAUUUUUGGUGUUUCUUGACAAAAUUUUAGUAUAUAUUAUAUCUGAGAUCAAGAUCUUUCUAACGAUGGGUCCCAUCCGUCUCUACCCUAACCCACUGUACCCCGACCCUUACUAUAUCCAAAUGAACCGAACUCUAUCUCUAUAAUGUUUAUUAACCGAUUUCAAUGAACUUUUUUUUUCUUUUGUUGGCCUUCCCCACCCUGACUAUUUAAAAUAGUAAAUGACUAUCUUUCUCUAUGAGUUUAGACAGGGGCCCAUCAAGCCUAAUAAAAAGUGAAGAUUAUUUGUCACUUUUCCUUGUAAAAAUUUUGCAGAAAUUGCAAAGCGAAUUAAACAAAUUUGCUCAUAGUUCCUGUAUUUUUUCGGCGACCAUUAUGAAAUAUGUAUUUUUAGGAAAAAACUUGCCAUUAGUCUUCAGUGCCUCUAUGCAAAAACGUAUGGAAAAAUGAAAUGUCGAUAGGCUCCUGGUUGAACUGCUAAAGAACUUUAUUAAUUGUAGAUAAGUAAUGCGAAAGUAUUUUCAGGAUGUAGCAUUUAAGACACGAGUUCAAGCUGGGUUUAAAACUGGUAGUGGUGGCCCAACAAGAUUACUCUUUGUUAAGGAUGUGUUGUUGUACUCUUAGCUAAGGAUCGCCUGACAUUCUGUAAGAGCGCACUAUAGUAAGGCACAUAAGCUCUCUCCCUAAUGCUCAUCGUAAGGCAUGUUCACUAAUAGGUUUUCUUAAAGAUGCGCGUACACCCUUCACCCCCCACUCUCAGAGAGCUAGCCCCAAGUGACAAGGCACAUUACGUACCCAAUCAGUCUUUGGGGAUUCAUUAAAUCGGCAGGGAUUUUAGCCGCGGAACCGAUUAGUCUAACAAUACCUAAUUAUUUAAGUUUAAGAUGUUAUAUAAGAAUUUCUACUUUUUAUAUCUCACAGAUUUGGACAAAAAUACCAAACCAGUAUACAAAAAAAUGUUUCUGCAAAAGAUGAAGAGAUUUGUUAAGAUUGUGUCUAUUCUUUUGGUGCUUGUGCUCUCACAAUGUUUUGCUGCUGUAAAUUCGAAAACAGCUCAAGAAAUCUCUCCUAAUGGGAUUCAUGAUCUUUGGAACAAGUGUAAUAGUGCAGUAGAACUGGAAACUUUGGUCGGAAAUGUUGGAAGGUUUAUGAAGGCACUACUUUUCAAGAAUAAUGAACACUGCGAGGAUCGUUUGCAGGACAACUUUUUUUUAAUAAUCGAUAAGACGGCAGUCAAAUUUGCAGAUUUUCCAAAGGAGUGCUUGAUGUAUAUCCAUGAAACAUCAGAUCCAAUGCUUAACGUGCAGAAACGUUAUGUCAUACCAUCUAGAAACCAAAACCAAUACGUUGUGGUUGAGUUAGUACUGGAAGAUCUUCAAUACGUCAUAGAAAUUUUGGACCUCAAGCCGGUACUAGAACCGGUAUUUAAUCCAGCAACACACCAUGAUGUUUUCACAGCUGAUCUUUCGGGUCAACUCAAAAUUAAACACAACACGACAACAUAUAUAGAUUUUGACGCUCACACGAUAUUUCACACUUUGGGUCUACGGAGCAUUGAUGAGAUUAGAAAAUCUCUCUACUACCCGACAUUGGAACCAAUUAUUCUUCCAAAUAAAUACAAACCUGGAGGAACCUACAACAUUUCUUGGAAUACCGUCAUGAUCCCCUACGAAGCUGAAGUUCGAUUGAGGUUGAGGACAUGUUACACAAAUGGCAAUACAGCAAACGUCUUUGCUAUGAUUGUGCAGGAGAAGAUUCUCAAUGAGACAAUUAGGGUAGAAAGUAUUCUAACAAAUCUUUCUGGGGCAUCAAAUGACAUUGCUGUUUCAUCUCUUCUGCUAGCUCUUGUAGCUCUUAUUUCUGCAGUAUCAAAAUUUCUAGAUUAAAAUUUGAAACAGAAUAAAAACUCACUGCAGAUUAAAAAGCACAAAUUAAAUAUAUGGGUUUGUUUAUGAGCAGAGCAAAAACAAUAAAGUCCAUUAGCAGCACA